AUUUUGUGAAGCGGCAGCGGAGGUGUUGGCUGCAGUGGGCUCCGGGAAAGCCGUUCGGGCUGGGGCUGUCGGCCGCAGGGCUGAGGCACUCGCGCGGGGGGUAACUCGGGUCUGGGUUCUGGUGCCGCGCAAGCUCUCCCCGGAUUGACUUGGCCUCUACUUCUUAAGAAAAUACAUCUCUUGUUUUACAAGGUGUGUGUGGUUUCAGCGCAGCAUGGCUGUGGUCAUCCGUUUGCAAGGUCUCCCAAUUGUGGCGGGGACCAUGGACAUUCGCCACUUCUUCUCUGGAUUGACCAUCCCCGAUGGGGGCGUGCAUAUUGUAGGGGGUGAACUGGGUGAGGCUUUCAUCGUUUUUGCCACUGAUGAAGAUGCAAGGCUUGGUAUGAUGCGCACAGGUGGUACAAUUAAAGGGUCGAAAGUAACACUGUUGUUGAGUAGUAAAACAGAAAUGCAGAAUAUGAUUGAACUGAGUCGUAGGCGUUUUGAAACUGCCAACUUAGAUAUACCACCAGCAAAUGCUAGUAGAUCAGGACCGCCACCUAGCUCAGGGAUGAGCAGCAGGGUAAACUUGCCAGCAACAGUACCCAGCUUUAAUAAUCCUUCGCCAAGUGUAGUAACUGCUACCACUUCUGUUCAUGAGAGCAACAAAAGCAUACAAACGUUUUCCACAGCCAGCGUAGGAACUGCUCCUCCAAGUAUGGGGACUUCUUUUGGGAGUCCAACGUUCAGCUCAACCAUUCCAAGUACAGCUUCUCCAAUGAACACAGUCCCACCACCACCAAUUCCUCCAAUCCCAUCGAUGCCAUCUUUGCCACCGCUGCCAUCCAUUCCCCCAAUUCCAGUUCCUCCUCCGGUACCAACGUUGCCUCCUGUGCCACCUGUUCCUCCCAUUCCCCCAGUCCCUUCUGUGCCACCUAUGACCACAUUGCCUCCCAUAUCAGGCAUGCCACCCUUGAAUCCACCACCUGUGGCACCUCUACCUGCUGGAAUGAAUGGCUCUGGAGCACCUAUAAGUCUGAACAAUAAUCUGAACCCUGUGUUUCUGGGUCCAUUAAAUCCUGUUAACCCUAUACAGAUGAACUCUCAAAGCAGUGUGAAGUCUCUUCCCAUCAACCCUGAUGAUCUAUAUGUGAGUGUUCAUGGAAUGCCCUUUUCUGCAAUGGAAAAUGAUGUCAGAGAGUUUUUCCAUGGGCUUCGAGUUGAUGCAGUGCAUUUGUUAAAAGAUCAUGUAGGGCGAAAUAAUGGGAAUGGAUUGGUUAAGUUUCUCUCCCCUCAAGAUACAUUUGAAGCUUUGAAACGGAACAGAAUGCUGAUGAUUCAACGCUAUGUGGAAGUCAGUCCUGCCACAGAGAGACAGUGGGUAGCUGCUGGAGGUCAUAUCACUUUUAAGCAAAGUAUGGGGCCUUCUGGACAAGCCCACCCUCCUCCACAGACACUUCCAAGGUCAAAAUCGCCCAGUGGGCAGAAAAGGUCAAGAUCAAGAUCACCUCAUGAGGCUGGUUUUUGUGUUUACUUAAAAGGGCUACCCUUUGAAGCAGAAAACAAACAUGUCAUUGAUUUUUUUAAGAAGUUGGAUAUUGUGGAAGAUAGUAUUUAUAUAGCUUAUGGACCCAAUGGGAAAGCAACUGGUGAAGGCUUUGUAGAGUUCAGGAAUGAUGCUGACUAUAAGGCUGCUCUCUGUCGUCAUAAACAGUACAUGGGCAAUCGCUUUAUUCAAGUUCAUCCAAUAACUAAGAAAGGUAUGCUAGAAAAGAUAGAUAUGAUUCGAAAACGACUUCAGAACUUCAGCUAUGACCAGAGGGAAAUGGUGUUAAAUCCGGAGGGGGAAGUCAGUUCUGCCAAAGUCUGUGCCCAUAUAACAAACAUUCCAUUCAGCAUUACCAAGAUGGAUGUUCUUCAGUUCCUAGAAGGAAUCCCAGUGGAUGAGAAUGCUGUACAUGUUCUUGUUGAUAACAAUGGGCAAGGUCUAGGGCAAGCAUUGGUUCAGUUUAAAACUGAAGACGAUGCACAUAAAUCUGAACACUUACACCGUAAAAAACUGAAUGGGAGAGAAGCUUUUGUUCAUAUAGUUACCCUAGAAGAUAUGAGAGAGAUUGAGAAAAACCCCCCAGCCCAAGGGAAAAAGGGCUUAAAGAUACCUGUUCCAGGUAAUCCUGCAGUACCAGUGAUACCCAGUGCAGGGAUGCCCGCUGCUGGGAUACCCAAUGCUGGGAUACCCAGUGCAGGGAUACCCAGUGCUGGAAUGCCUAGUGCAGGGUUGCCUGCUGCUGGGUUGCCUGCUGCUGGGUUGCCUGGCUCUGGAAUGCCUGGCUCUGGAAUGCCUGGCUCUGGAAUACCCGGUCCCGGAAUACCCGGUCCCGGAAUACCCGGACCCGGAAUACCCGGUCCUGGAAUACCCGGUCCUGGAAUACCUGGUCCCGGAAUACCCGGUCCUGGAAUACCUGGUGCCGGAAUACCUGGUCCCCCAAUGCCUGGUCCCGCAAUGCCUGGUCCCGCAAUGCCUGGUCCCGCAAUGCCUGGUCCUGCAAUGCCUGGUCCCGCAAUGCCUGGUCCCACAAUGCCUGGACCAGCAAUACCCGGUCCCGCAAUGCCUGGACCAGCAAUACCUGGUCCUGGCAUCCCCAGUGCAGGAGGAGAAGAGCAUGUCUUCUUGACUGUAGGAUCAAAGGAGGCCAAUAAUGGGCCACCAUUUAACUUCCCUGGUAAUUUUGGUGGGCCCAAUGCUUUUGGGCCACCACUCCCCCCUCCAGGAUUAGGGGGCGCCUUUGGUGAUGUUAGGCCUGUUAUGCCUUCGGUUGGAAAUAGUGGUUUGCCUGGCCUAGGACUGGAAGUUCCAGGUUUUGGAGGUGCACCAAAUAAUAUAAGUGGGCCAUCAGGAUUUGGGGGAAUUCCUCAGAACUUUGGAAAUGGCCCAGGUAGUUUAAAUGCUCCUCCUGGUUUUGGAAAUGGACCCCCUGGUCUUGGAAGUGUUCCUGGUCAUUUAAGUGGGCCUCCAGCCUUUGGGCCUGGGCCUGGGCCUGGCCCGAUCCAUAUUGGGGGUCCUCCUGGCUUUGGAGCCAGCUCUGGAAAACCAGGACCUACAAUAAUUAAGGUGCAGAACAUGCCUUUUACUGUAUCUAUUGAUGAAAUUUUAGAUUUCUUUUAUGGUUAUCAAGUAAUUCCAGGUUCAGUAUGUUUAAAAUACAAUGAAAAAGGUAUGCCUACAGGUGAAGCCAUGGUGGCCUUUGAAUCUCGGGAUGAAGCCACAGCUGCUGUCAUUGACUUAAAUGAUAGGCCUAUAGGUUCAAGAAAGGUAAAACUCGUUCUAGGGUAGCCGUUCACAUCAGUUCUUUAUUGGGUAUAUCUUUUUUUUUUUUUUUGCUGCGAUUAAUGCAUCCAGAUUGUUUUCCUAGUAGUCCAGUUAGAACCUGUGGGUUGUUUCAAUUGCAGAUAGAUUGGUUUCUCUAACACAGAGCAUUGGUUGGCUGUUUACAACUCACAGAAUACACAUUGCAAUUUGUUACAGUAAAGCUGUCUGGAGAGAACACAAAAACGAUUUUGGCGUACAGUAGAGACCGUUUGUAAUACUCGAUCAUAUAAAGCUUAUCAAGGAAUCUAGAUUGGUUUUCUUUUAUACCACAUGGGAUGAAGAAAAUAGAGACGUGAGUAGAGCUCGAGGAGGGUGCUCGUGCCAGUGCUGACAAGUAGAAGUUGGCCACUUUUGCAAUUUGAUUUAAAGUUGGACAUGUUUGCUUUGUUAUAGGGUCAAAGCUUUGUCUGAAACCUUUAUUUUCUUUUAAAAUUGAAUAAAGUCUCUGUAUCUGGAUUCAUUGUAUGUACCUUUAUUGCUUCUCGAGGGUUCCUGCUGUACAGGCGGUCCUGCUUCAGUGUUGCCGCUUACGUGCCUAAUUGACUCACUUGUAAUAAGUACAACUGUUUUGUUAGCUUUAAAUUAAUUUCUAAUAUAAAAACUCCACACUUGUGGUUUGUGCUAAAUAACCCUGAACUUUGAUUUCUAAUGUCACACUUAGGAUUGUGUGAAAUGACUUUUACCAUAAAUAAACUACGGAGUCCUCUACUGAC